UGAGAGCAUUAAAACCUUAUGCACCCGCAAGGACAUAACCAUCAAACCCACGGACAAAAGGGGGGGGGGCCUUUGUCGCAUGGUCUAUAGAAGCUUACCUUAAGGAAGCUAACUAUCAGCUGUCCAACCCCCUCCACUACCGUAAACUAGAAUAUGAUGGAACACAGCUGCUAUCCACCCAGACCACAACGUUCUUAACACACCUACUAGGUCGGAAUCUUCUCACACAGCAAUGCUAUGAUUUCCUUGAACCAAGCCCCCAUCCCACACCCCAGAAUUCUACCUUUUACCAAAAAUACACAAACCAAAGAUUAACAACCUCAUACCGGGCAGACCAACAAUCUGGGGGUGCGGCUCACCCACUGAUAAAAUCUCCAAAUUUCUGGACCAUUUCUUAAAACCAAUUUGUUAAAACUAUACCCUCAUACGUCAAAGACACCAAUCAUUUUCUCCUAAUUAUGUUUAGAGAGAGACAGAAUUUUCCACCGGGCAUAAUCCUGUGUAUCCUGGAUGCUAAAUCCCUCUAUACCAAUAUACCACAGGAUGAGGGCAUUCUACACUGCAUAAUGGAAUUAAUUGAUUUUUAUGCCACUGGACUACCUCUACCAGCCACACACCUACAACAAAUGUUUGAGUUUAUAUUAAAAGGAAAUUAUUUCUCCUUCAAUGGACAGCCAUAUUUACAGACACAUGGCACUGCCAUGGGUACCCCUUUUGCCCCAAGCUUUGCAAACAUCUUUAUGUCUGUUAUUGAACAAAAUAUCCUCUCCACAGCCCCCGAGGGGAAGAAACCUCUACUCUGGAAACGAUUUAUCGAUGAUAUAUUCAUGAUAUGGCAAUAUGAUGAAGCUUCCCUCACUGAAUUCCUUGCUCAUACCAAUAAUGUGCACAACACGAUUAAAUUUGAAGCACAACAAUCUAGAGCAAAAAUAAAUUUCCUUGACACCAUAAUUUAUCUUAACAAGAACAGUGGACUCCUGGAAAGCACCCUAUUCGUGAAGCCCACUGAUAUAUGCAACCUUCUACAUACUUAAUUCUUCUACUCCACCCACCUUUGAUCACAGACAACAAUGAACUCCACAAACAUCUCAAAACGCUUCGAAAAAAUCUAAUCAUAAGAGGUUAUGAAUCUCAGGAUAUCGCCACCGAAUUUAGUAAACUGACAUAUGUCACCCAAAACGAGCUCCUCUUCCCAGGAAACCCCACCAACAAUGAAACCACCCCUCAGUACCUAAACUUCGAACCCCCUCCACCAAAACCACAGGCUCUUCCUUUUGUUAUCCCAUUCAACAUAAAAACUAUAAAUAUAGGUUCCGUCCUUACUAAUUAUUGGCACUUGAUCUCAGCUGAUUCUUAUCUUAAACAAAUAUGGAAUGACACCGGUUCUAGCCCUCACCAGAAGGCCUAACCUCAAAGAUCAAUUGGUACACACUAAAUAGGCCAUUAAGACAAAGCCGCUUCUCGAAGCAUCAUGCGCCUUUAACUUGACAGUAUAUAAAUAUUACACUAGAGGCACAGUUACAUCUAAGGUACGGCAUCCACUGAUUAUCAUAUUUUCACUCUUAUUGCUUAUAUAUUUAUUUUGCAACCGUGAUCCUGGAUGCAGGAUUGCAAGGGGCGCCAACGAGAAACGGACAUACCGAAUUAAAGCCCCGAAAUGUCCCUCGUGGGUUUCUGGCUGAUGAGUUGUUUUUUUAUCAUUUCCUGCCCAUUUUCAAGCUCACUGCCUAAACAUACAAGGGGCACACACAACCACCCCCCCCCCCAUCUGGGUUUGAGGCUGUAACCAGGUGGUAGUGACCACUCCUUAUCUCCUUUUUUCUCAUUUCUCCAUUUUGGAUUUUACAAUUUUACUCACACAUUGGUUUUUUAGGUUUUACCUUCUAUACCUAUAAAAGCUUGGCAAAGUACCGAUCAAACACAAAUUAAAGUAAUAGAAAAAAACGAGGUUGCAUACUCUUGUUCGAAAAUUUCACAUGCGUUUAGAUUGCUCUGAACAUGUUGCAAAAAGCGCAAAAUUAAUUUUUUUAAUGAACUUAACAAUCAGGUGUUUGCAAUAAAAUGCGGAAGAGCGCUGUAGUAGGCACAAAGGCGCAUUUGACAGUUGAUGUGUCUUCAUGAUGCGCUGAUGACAGUCAACUGUGAUCAACUAUUGUCUUAUCGGGGUAAAGACCUUUCAAUGUUAGCACUUAAGGUCCUGGGUCCUAGGGUCUGAUUUUACGAUAUGCCUAAACCAUCCAAUCACUGUCCUGGAAUUUCCCGCUAAAAAGAUAUAUUGCGCGCCUGCUCUUCGUCAAUGUAUACGGGAACAUGUGUUCUCACCGGCAUGUCAGUUAAAGAUUAUCGUUCUUUAACUGACAUGCCGUUCUGAAAGAUUUCUCUGCGGUAUUAUUUACCAACAUAUUGCAUGCCCGUACCGUUAGGUACGAUACGAUAAUCUUUAACUGACACCCCUGUGAGAUCACAUGUUUCCUUAUAUUGACAAAAUGCAGGCGCGCAAAUUAUUUUUUUAGCGGGAAAUUCGGGCUCAGUGAUUGGAUGGUUUAGGUCAAGGGAUAGUCAUAAUUUGGUGGAGGUUUUGGUUACCCUCACUUUCUUGAUGAGCGUCACAUGGCUGGUCAAAGCGCAUUCUCUGUUGAAAUUUUAAAGGGUAAGCAUUUGUGUAUCGUUCAUUUUAUCAUUACUCAUUUACAGUGCUUUACAAUAUAGAGUUAAAAAAGAUGGAUAAUAAACACCACUUUGUGAAGCAGAUGAAAUAUUUUCUUAUGAACAGAAGUUGACAUCUGUAGGCUUGAUUACUUUAUGAUUAUUUUAUAAUUGCACUUAGCUGUUAUUACAAUAUUACAUAUAGUCUUUUUUUAUUUCGUUCUACUUUACUUUAUUCUUAUUAUAUCUUACUGUUAUCAUUCAAACUUAAAAUCGUCAUUAUAAACACGUCAAUUUGGAUACAUGGCUCGAUAGCUUGCCCAAAGUUCUUUCCAUGUGUCCAUCAGCCUAAAAUUGUUUAAUUCUCAUUGCUGUUCUAUAAAAUAUUGCGAUUGACCAUUCAUUGUUAUUUAGUCAAAUUAACUUGGAUAUUGUUUAUUUAGUAUAAUUAUGUUAGCCGGUAUAUUGUAAUUAAUCAAUUUUAUGUUGAAAAAAUUUUUUGAGUUUGAGUUUGAGUUUGAAUUAGUUACAUACAAGGGUGCAUUCCUUGUAGGUAGGAAAUAAUGGAAGAAUUUGUGAAAAUCAAAGUCUUCAACUAUCUAGCAUUAAAAAAAUUGGCAGAACUAUCGAUUCUAAGCGUUCGGUUGAAAUCAUUGUAAUAAUUUCCGGCGUUGCAAAAACAGCUAGGGGUAUAAGCAUUUCAAAGCAUCCAAGGGGGUGUCCAGGAAGAAUUUGCCGACAAACUGGUCGUGCCAUCCCUAGAUUGCUAGAUUGCCGACAAGUUACCAAAAUUUGCCGACGAAAUACCCAUCCAUGGCCAAAUACUCUUGGUUUUGAAAAUUUUUUUUCGCUUGUGACAACCCCCUGCACCCCCACGGUAGCUACGGCACUGAAGCAUUUGUCUCGCGAACUGGGGAAAUAUUGUUGAUAUCACUCGAAUGGGAGAAAUUUCUCCUGUUUGGGAGAACUGCCCUCCCAUCCAUUUAUUUUUUCUUUGGAAAUUACUUUCCAAAUAUUGAAACAUUGAGUUUGCUGGGUAAGGCGGGAGGCUUUUUUAAAUUAAUGAAAAUUCCCCCUCUUAGCCUAGUAGCUUGUUUGUUCAAAAUGUAGGGUAUUUGUUUCUACGUGCCUCUAGUGAUAACCCUGCUUUAUUCAACUUUCAUGUGUGUUGCAUGUGUGGAUACUGUGUUAAAGUGACUGAACCAGCUUUUCAGAUUUACUAAAAAUAAUCUUUGUAGGAGCUACAUCGGGCAAAAGCACUAUUUUUAAUGUUACUGUCAAUGUAUCAGCUAGGUCAAGAGAUCUUUCUUUUUGUAAAAUGCCGAGAACAUACUCUCGAGUGUCUACUUGAAACAAAAUUGUCUCUGUUUAUAUUGUCAGGCUAUACCUUGCGCAUUGGUCAAUCUUCAGGAAGUUUGUGAAACGAUAGCUCUUUUCCUUCAGCUAUAGCUGCAGCUCGCACUUUUGAGGGAAAGCAUGGCAAUGGAAACUUUUACAGGCACUAGGAGAUCAACAAGAAUGAGAACAGAUGAAAAAGGACCAGAGAAUGAUGCAAAGUAUUAUAUAGAGCACGAGAUGGAUCUACCAGGUCUUUCCAGCAAAUUCAUUAGUGAAGAAAUCGGUUGUGGCGUUUUCAACUCAUUAUAUAGAAGUAUUUACAAAGGAUCAUUUGUCUUGGAGUAUGCUGGGGAGCUCAUUACAAAGGAAGCGGCAGAUAAUCGCGAGAAAGAAUACGCUAAAAAAGGAUGUGGCAGCUACAUGUUCUACUUCAAGCAUGAACGUCAGGAAUUAUGUGUUGAUGCUACAGAGCCCUCUGGUCGUCUUGGAAGAUUGGUGAACGAUAGCAAGCUGGGAAACUGCAAGAUGCAGAAAGUUAUGGUUGGCCAAGUUCCCCAUCUUUGCUUGUUCGCCACAAGAACUAUUACGCAGGGGGAAGAACUUCGAUACGACUAUGGCUUGGAUGAUCUUCCUUGGCGAAAACAGGAAGGGGUUGCUAAAGGAAAACGAAAAAAGACCCUAAAAGCAGAUCAUGAAGAAAUUGGCCAAGCCAAGAGCCAAGAAAAGCAACGGGAAGGGGUUGCUAAAGGAAAACGAAAAAAGACCCUAAAAGCAGAUCAUGAAGAAAUUGGCCAAGCCAAGAGCCAAGAAAAGCUACAGCAACCAUCUAAACUAAUACAGAGCUCAAUGCAAACACUUCCAGGUGGAAGCCAGGUUAAUGAUAGUGACGAUGAAAAGAACAUCGACCAAUAUACUCUUCUUCCUUUGGAAACUCUGCAGGAAGGGGUUGCUAAAGGAAAACGAAAAAAGACCCUAAAAGCAGAUCAUGAAGAAAUUGGCCAAGCCAAAAGCCAAGAAAAGCAGCAGAAAGGGGUUGCUAAAGGAAAACGAAAAAAGACCCUAAAAGCAGAUCAUGAAGAAAUUGGCCAAGCCAAAAGCCAAGAAAAGCAGCAGGAAGGGGUUGCUGAAGGAAAACGAAAAAAGACCCUAAAAGCAGAUCAUGAAGAAAUUGGCCAAGCCAAGAGCCAAGAAAAGCAACAGGAAGUGGUUGUUGAAGGAAAACGAAAAAAGACCCUAAAAGCAGAUCAUGAAGAAAUUGGCCAAGCCAAGAGCCAAGGAAAGCAACAGCAUCCAUCUAAAAUAAUACAGAGCUCAAUGCCAACCCUUCCCGGUGACAGCCAGGUUAAUGAUAGUGACGAUGAAAAGAACAUCGACCAAUAUACUCUUCUUCCUUUGGAAACUCUGCAGGAAGUGGUUGUUGAAGGAAAACGAAAAAAGACCCUAAAAGCAGAUCAUGAAGAAAUUGGCCAAGCCAAGAGCCAAGGAAAGCAACAGCAUCCAUCUAAAAUAAUACAGAGCUCAAUGCCAACCCUUCCCGGUGACAGCCAGGUUAAUGAUAGUGACGAUGAAAAGAACAUCGACCAAUAUACUCUUCUUCCUUUGGAAACUCUGCAGGUUGAAGAAACUGGAUUCAAAAUAAUUGAAUCUGAAAUUAUCGGAGAGCCUCUAGAAGAUAUGGACGUAAAAGAUGAUUCAGGACUGCAUGGAGACUUCCCGGAAAUUGAAAGUACUGGUGAUGAAGGAGAAGGCGAGGAGUGUAAUCUGAAUGAAGAUCCGUGGAUUCCUGAGGAUUCCGAUGGUAGCGAUGAUAGCGAUGAUCCGACAUACGACUAUUUAUCUUCAGAAGAGGAGUCAGACUCGGAAGACACUGAAAGCAGUGAUGGAGUUUCACCACAAAAUAAUAAAGAUGAUAGUUCAAGUGAUAAAAAACUGCAGUCUACUGUCGUGAAUGUAAAGAGAGUUGCUGAGUUCCAGGAUGAUAUUCAAGUGGUAGUGCCCAGAGCAACAAAGACAGACAUUGGUUGUAGGCGAUAUGACAAAACGUAUUCCUGCUAUUUUUGCGGCAUAGAGACAGCCAAAUUACCGAGACACUUGAGAACACGCCACAAGGAUGAGCCAGAAGUUCUUCGAAUUGAGGCAAUAGCCGAAAAAAAAUUAAAAUCUAAAGAACUCGAUCGUAUCAGACUCAAAGGUGAUUUUUAUCACAACUUAAAUGUGAUGAAGUCUGGUGGCGUGCUUAAAGUCAUAAGGCGCCCCAAUCCAAAUGAUGAUGUUUCUUUUCGCCAGUUUGUGCCUUGUACACACUGCCUUGGCUUUGUUCAAAAGCAUGAACUAUGGAGGCACGUUACUAAUUGCCAGUUUAACGAAAAAAUAGAUGAUUCUAAGCAUUCUAAGCUGCGAUUCGAAAGUGAAAUGCUCCUUUAUGGGAGCAAAGAUACUGGCAGCACAGUCUUCACACAGUCUAUCCUCUCUAUAAUGCGACAGGAUCCUGUAUCUUUUGAGGCCAAGAGGGAUGACCUUAUUUUAAAAUUUGGUCAUUCCCUUUUCGAAAAGGGUGGAUCAGCAAAAGCCACCUACAUCACACAAAAGAUGCGAUCACUUGCACGACUGCUGAUGGAAGUCAGAGAAGUCACAAACAACGGUAGUGCUGACUUGUCAGAUUUUAUUACACCGACGCACUUUGACGAUAUUGUUCUUGCCACAAGAAAUCUUUGCAGCCACACAGCAAACCCCCAAAACGAUCAUUUGUCCUCUUUUGAGAAACCAUCUCUGGCUUUAAAGCUAGGACAUGCUCUCAAAAAGGGAGCAAUGAUUCUAAGAGGAAUGGCUUUGCGGCAAAAAGACAUCGAGAGUAAGCAAAACGUGGAGAUGUUCCUGGAGUUGCUCGAUUCAGAAUGGUCGACAAAGAUAUCUUCUGCAGCUCUAAGAACGUUGAGCGAUGGGCAGUUUAACAAAGCCCCUGUACUUCCAGUGACAGAAGAUCUGAUGAAACUGCGAGAACACCUCCUUGCAGAAAUUCCAAAAAAAACAGGAGAACUCUUGUUAAAGCCUGAAGUCGAUAAGUGGAGGUGUUGA